AUGGUGAUUAGACAGCCACAGGCUAACGCGGCCGGCCCCUCCGAGACAAAAUCGGCCGUCCCGGAGGCGCGCCGGCGAUUGCAGGAGGCAGUGAGGGCUGGCGACAGGACCCGAUGCCCCUUCCCGGCUCUCGCACGUUCUUGGAAGCAGCCGCCGUUGACGGUUUGCUGGUCUGCCGGCAAAACCAGGUCCCCCACGCUGGGGACUUCGUGGCGAGACCCUCCCAACAAACACCCGUCUUGCUUCUUCCAGGAGGCGCCGCAAGAGCAGCUGGCCGGGCUGAGGAAAGACCGGGAGGAAGCCAAAGCCAACGAGGAGAAGAAGAGCGAGGAGUUGCUGAAACAGACCGAAGCCGAGCGGCAGAAGAUCCUAUCGGAGUGUAAGGACCUGCGGGGCUUCCUGGAGGAGAAGGAGCAGUUCUUGCUGUCCCGGCUGGAGGCUCUCGACGGAGACAUCGUCCAGAGACGGGACGAGAGCGUCUCCAAGCUCUCGGAAGAAAUUUCCCACAUCGAUAAACUGAUCACCGAGAAGGGAGGCGAGUUGCACCAUGGCACCCUGACUCACCGGGGUGCAGCCAAAACCUUUCCCUUUUGGAUAAACUGCAGGGAACCUUUUUGGGGGUUUGGAGGGGGGGCGGCUGACCUACAGAAAAAUCAGCCAUCCCCAGCUUUCUCCUGAAUCCCUACCGGAAUCGCCUGUUUUCUCUCGGGGUUCGGAAGCUGCGGCCGGGUGGUUUGGGGCGGGGGGACGCGCCCGGCUGUUGAACCCCUCUCCCUCUCCCUAGCGGAUAUCACGCUCGACCCGGACACGGCCAACCCCUACCUGACGCUGUCGGAGGACCGGCGGAGCGUGCGGCUGAGGAGCGCCCCGCAGGACGUGCCGCCCAGCCCGAAACGCUUCGACGCCUCCUUCUGCGUGCUGGGGGCCGAGGGCUUCACCACGGGCCGGCACUACUGGGAGGUGGAGGUGGGGGACGGGGACAGUUGGGUCCUGGGGGCGGCGCGGGAGUCGGUGCGGCGGAAGGAGAAGGAGGAGUUCACCCCCGAGGAGGGGAUCUGGGCGGUGGGGCUGAACUGGAAGGGCAAGAACUGGGACCAGUACCAGGCAUUCACCUCCCCCGAGACGCCCCUGACCCCGGGUGAGAGGCCCCGGAAAAUCUACGAGGGCGGGUGGGUGGCGUUCUACAAUGCUGACAACAUGGCCCCCCUCUUCACCUUCACGGCCGCCUUCGCUGAGAAAAUCUUCCCUUUCCUGUGGCUCUUCUACGUGGGCUCCUCCCUCACGCUGUGCAACUGAGCCGGCCCGUUCCCGCAGGGGAUCUGCAAAUGCGCUUGAGGGUGAAG